AUGGCUGCUCCCGCCAACAUCACCAUCAAGAACCUCUCGGGCAAGUGGCAGAUGAACAAAGCCCUCUCCGACUCGCCCGAACCUGCCCUCGCUCUCCAGGGUAUCGGCUGGAUGGUCCGCAAGGCUGUUGGCCUGGCGACCCUAACCCUCCACGUCAAGCAGUACGAGGGAGCACCCAAGCCUCCGUCCACCGCCACGGACCCUGUCACUCACAUCGACAUUGACCAGACCGCCACGGGCGGUGUCAAGGGCACCACGGAGAACCGCUGCCUCGACCUUGAGUUCCGCGAGCAUGCGGACUGGCUCUUCGGCAGCUGCCGCGGCCAGAGCGACUGGCGGUCCCCCGCCGAGAUUGAGGACGAGUUCCUGAAGAAGGGCUGGCUCGAGGGCGACGCCGAGAGCACCGGCCCCCAGGGCAAGAGCCACGUCUACAGCCACGUCGAAAAUGUCGACAACGGCUGGACGGCUACCCAGAUCUGGGGCUUCCAGGAGAUUGAUGGGCAGAGGCGCUAUGCCCGCAACAUUGUCGUUGCCAAGGACGACAAGAAGGUUGAGUUCCGUCUCGUCUACGACUACCUCGGUGAGAACGACGCAGCUUAG